AUGGAGAAUAAUUUAAGCCGUAGUGGGAGCCACUCGAGCUCAGUUUGCGAGUUAGAGAAAGAUCCUAGUGAUAUUGAAAUUUUAAAAUCUAGGACGAAUCGACGCAACGUAAUGAUCCGGUCACAACCUGCACGGAAAGCGAAACGAAUUAGGUUUUUCAGAAAUGGUGAUAAAUUUUAUUCAGGAGUUAUAAUCCCAGUCUUGCCAGAGAGAUAUAGAUCUUUUGACAGUUUAACUGCAGAUUUAACAAGAGUUUUAGUUGAUAAUGUGACAUUGCCGAGCGGUGUUAGAACAAUAUACUCUCUAGAAGGUAGAAAAAUAGGAAAGCUUGAUGAUCUGGAAGAUGGGCAGUCAUAUGUGUGUAGCGGUUUUGGAGAACCUUUUAAGAAAUUGGAUUAUGAAGCCAGUGCAGUCACACCACAGUCCUUUAGAUUAAGCGGUCCCGAAUCACUCAGUGAUAGUUCAAGUCCUGCCCCUGCUAGAGCUAAUAAUCGUAUUUCACGUUACUUGCAGACAAACGGCAGUAAUUCAACUGGCAAUGGUUCACCGAGAGUUAGUCCUGCUGGAGAUAAUGUAGUCAGGCCACAUAUAGUUACUAUAAUUAGAAAUGGAGUAAAGCCUCGCAAGGUAUGCAGGUUGCUAUUGAAUAAACGCAAUAGUCCAACUCUAGAGCAUGCUUUAGCGGCGAUUACGGAUUGCAUAAAAUUAGACACAGGAUGUGUCCGGAAAGUAUUCACUCAGUCUGGCACUCCUGUCACCGCUUUGAAUCAGUUUUUUGAAGAGGAAGAUGUAUUUUUUGCUUAUGGCAAUGAAAGAGUAAACCAGGAAGAUUUCGAACUCGAAUUUGAGGAAAGCAAGGCUGUUUUACAAUGUAGAAAAAUUAAAUAUAAUCCAGUCACUCGAAAUACAAGGAAUGGUCCCAAGCCUCGUAUGCCAGUGAAAGCCAGCGGAGCCCGGGCCGAAGCUGCAGCAGUGGCUGCCGGUGCUGGUGAUGGAGAGGCCGCUCUUGCUCUGGCCGCACUUCUACCACAUCCAUUGAGACUUAAGUACAAUGUUGGCAAGAUUAUAGGUGAUGGCAACUUUGCUGUUGUACGGAUAUGUAAAGACAAAACAACUGGCAAAGAAUACGCUCUUAAAGUUAUUGAUAAAGCAAAAUGUAAAGGGAAAGAACAUUAUGUUGAAGCCGAGGUGCGUGUCAUGAGAAAAUUGUGUCAUCCUCGCAUUGUUUCCCUUAUUGAAGACCAAGACAGCCCAGAAUGGCUAUUUCUCAUUAUGGAACUUGUCAGCGGUGGUGAUCUAUUUGAUAGUAUUGCAGUAGCUUCAAAGUUUUCCGAGCCUCAAGCCCGUCUGCUGAUAGGUCACUUAACCUCAGCUAUAGCGUACCUACACUCACUAUCUAUCGUACAUCGAGAUAUCAAGCCUGAGAAUUUAUUGGUGGAGGUAGGUCAAGAUGGGAGUAUACGUGGUCUAAAGCUGGCUGACUUCGGGCUAGCAGUUGAAGUGUGGCGGCCGCUACACGCCGUCUGUGGGACGCCUACGUACGUCGCGCCCGAGAUUUUACUAGAGACUGGAUAUGGGCUUAAGAUCGACGUGUGGGCGGCGGGUGUUAUACUAUACAUACUGUUGUGCGGCUUCCCGCCAUUCUCAUCGCCGGAUGGUGACCAAGAGAAGUUGUUUGAUGCGAUUUUGUCCGCACGGCUGGAGUUCCCCGCACCUCACUGGGAACGCGUCUCGGCCGGUGCUAUAGACCUCGUCGCUAACAUGCUACGGCCGCAACCAGAACUACGCUUUGCCGCUGAGGACGUACUUGACCAUGCUUGGAUGUCGGAUGACUAUGAUGAAAUGUGCGACUUUCGUACAUGGUACGACGAGGACUCCUCAUAG